CAGACACCGCGGCGCGGCUGCGCAGUGCCGGGGAGGCUUUUAAUUCCAUUGUGGAGAGGACGGCGUUAUUUUUAUUAACUGGAGGCGACGGCGGCUGCGGCGGCGGCGGUACCCCCAGGCCUGCUCCGGGGUAUGAAAAUCGGCAGCGGGUUCCUGAGCGGCGGCGGCGGGACCGGCAGUAGCGGUGGUAGCGGCUCCGGCGGCGGCUCCGGCGGCGGCUCCGGCGGCGGCGGCGGCGGCGGCAGGCGGGGAGAGAUGGAGCCCACCUUCCCCCAGGGUAUGGUCAUGUUCAACCACCGGCUGCCCCCGGUCGCCAGCUUCACCCGGCCGGCGGGCUCGGCCGCCCCUCCCCCGCAGUGCGUGUUACCCUCCUCUACCUCCGCAGCAGCCCCGGCCGCCGAGCCCCCCCCGCCGCCGGCCCCGGACAUGACUUUCAAGAAGGAGCCGGCGGCGUCCGCCGCGGCCUUCCCCGCGCAGAGGACCUCCUGGGGGUUCCUGCAGUCCUUGGUGAGCAUCAAGCAGGAGAAGCCCGCCGAGCCCGACGAGCAGCCGCAGCCGCAGCCGCAGGGCCCCCCCCCGCACCACCACCACCACCACCACCACCACCACCACCACCACCACUUCGGGGGCUUGUUCGCGGGCGCCGAGGAGCGGUCUCCGGGCCUGGGCGGCGGGGACGGGGCCGGCCACGGCGUCAUCCAGGACCUCAGUAUUCUGCACCAGCAUGGCCAGCAGCAGCAGCAGCCGCCGCCGCCGCCACCGCAGCCGCCGCAGCAGCCGCAGCAGCAGCAGCAGCAGCAGGCAGCCCAGCACCACCGCGACGUGCUGCUCAGCGGCAGGACUGACGACCCCCAUGGCAACGAGGAGCCAAAGCAGGACGCCAAUGUCAAAAAGGCAAAGAGGCCAAAGCCAGAAUCUCAGGGAAUCAAAGCCAAGAGGAAGCCAAGUGCAUCUUCCAAACCGUCGCUGGUGGGAGAGGGGGAAGGCGCCGUGCUGUCCCCCAGCCAGAAACCUCAUAUCUGCGAUCACUGUAGUGCUGCUUUCCGGAGCUCCUAUCACCUGCGGAGGCACGUCCUCAUCCACACCGGCGAGCGGCCCUUCCAGUGCAGCCAGUGCAGCAUGGGUUUCAUUCAGAAGUACCUGCUGCAGCGGCACGAGAAGAUCCACAGCCGGGAGAAGCCGUUCGGGUGCGACCAGUGCAGCAUGAAGUUCAUCCAGAAGUACCACAUGGAGAGACACAAGCGGACGCAUAGUGGAGAAAAGCCAUAUAAAUGUGACACUUGCCAACAGUAUUUUUCACGGACCGAUCGACUGUUGAAGCACAGGCGCACGUGCGGGGAAGCCAUAGCCAAGGGAGCCGCCAGCAGCGCAGACCCGGGGGCAGCCGCGGCGGUAGCAGCGGCAGCGGCGGCGGCAGCGGCGGGAGCGGCCUCCGUGCCCAACCACAACAGUAUGGGCAGCAUGGCUGUGUUGUCUCAGGGAAAUACAAGUUCCUCGCGAAGAAAAGCGAAGUCGAAAAGCCUCGCUGUGGAGAACAAGGAGCAGAAGCCCGCGAAGGCUGGCGAGUCGCCGAUUUCCAACAGCAUGAACUUGCAGAGUUACUCGGUGGAGAUGCCUUCCGCCUCUUCCAGCGGCGGCAUCCUGGGCACCGGCAUCGAGGAACUGCAGAAGAGGGUGCCAAAAUUGAUCUUCAAGAAAGGAAGCAGGAAGAAUACCGAUAAAAACUACCUUAAUUUUGUGUCGCCCUUGCCAGACAUCGUGGGGCAGAAGCCCCUGUCUGGGAAACCGAGUGGCCCCCUGGGCUUGGCGGCCAAUAAUAGUGUGGAGACCAUUAGUCUUCUCCAAAGUGCAAGUGGCAAACAAGGUCAGAUAAGUAGCAAUUACGACGAUGCCAUGCAGUUUUCCAAGAAAAGAAGAUACUUACCAACUGCCAGCAGCAACAGUGCCUUUUCUAUAAACGUGGGACACAUGGUCUCCCAGCAGUCCGUCAUCCAGUCUGCAGGUGUCAGUGUUCUGGACAAUGAGGCCCCCUUGUCACUUAUUGACUCCUCAGCGCUCAAUGCUGAAAUUAAGUCUUGUCACGACAAGUCUGGAAUUCCUGAUGAGGUUUUACAAAGUAUUUUGGAUCAAUACUCCAACAAAUCAGAAAGCCAGAAAGAGGAUCCUUUCAGUAUCGCAGAGCCACGUGUGGAUUUACACACCUCAGGAGAACACUCAGAAUUGGUCCAAGAAGGAAGUUUGAGCCCAGGCACCCAAACGCCUGUGAAUGAUAAGGCGGCCGUGUUACAAGAAUACUCCAAAUACCUCCAGCAGGCUUUUGAAAAAUCCUCUAAUGCAGGUUUCACUCUUGGACAUGGUUUCCAGUUUGUCAGUUUGUCUUCGCCUCUCCACAACCACACAUUAUUUCCAGAAAAACAGAUAUACACUACGUCUCCUUUGGAGUGUGGUUUCGGCCAAUCUGUUACCUCAGUGUUGCCAUCUUCAUUGCCAAAGCCUCCUUUUGGAAUGUUGUUUGGAUCUCAGCCAGGUCUUUAUUUAUCUGCUUUGGAUGCUACACAUCAGCAGUUGACACCUUCCCAGGAGCUGGAUGAUCUGAUCGAUUCUCAGAAGACUUUAGAGACUUCCUCGGCCUUCCAGUCGUCAUCUCAGAAAUUGACUAGCCAGAAGGAACAACAGAAAAACUUGGAGUCCUCGACAACUUUUCAGAUUCCAUCUCAGGAGUUAGCUAGCCAGAUAGAUCCUCAGAAAGACCUAGAGCCUAGAACAACAUACCAGAUUGAGAACUUUGCACAAGCGUUCGGUUCUCAGUUUAAGUCGGGCAGCAGGGUGCCAAUGACCUUUAUCACUAACUCUAAUGGAGAAGUGGACCAUAGAGUAAGGACUUCAGUGUCAGAUUUCUCAGGGUAUACAAAUAUGAUGUCUGAUGUAAGUGAGCCAUGUAGUACAAGAGUAAAGACACCCACCAGCCAAAGUUACAGGUAAGGUCCCAAAAGUGACCGGGCUGGAGGUUCUUAUAAUGUAAUUUUGUUUUAUUUUGAGAACACUGCCAUUGGAAUGUUUCUACACGAUCCUAUUAAGAAUAAUGUAAUGCCCUUUCAAUGCAACUUUUCAUAUUUAGUUUAUUUUGUUAGCGUGAUUUUAGCUCUGUUUGUAUUAUGAUUUUUAAUCAAAAUCAAUAGAUUAAAAAUAGUUUGACCUUCAAAGUGACAAUGUUUAGCAAUCAAAUUUACAUGUGUAGAUCGUCAGGGAAUAGCCCAAAAGUUUUAAAUGCAAAAAUUUAAAAAACCUUCUACAAAAAAAACACAAAAAAACAAAACGCAAAAAAAAUAAAACAACUUUGUUGCUAGGAUUAAGGUUAUUCUAAUUGCUUUACUCUCAGGAAAGUGUAAUAACGCAUGGAAAUUCUGUACGUUAUCACUGUAAUGGAAUAUCCAAUUUACAGAUAGUAUGAUAUAACAUUUUGUCAUUUAAGUAAGGGAUCGAAAAAAACAUUUCAAAUUGCUCUUUCUUGGGGCUGAUGUGAUAGACAUUUCAUCAUUUAUGUAAGGGAUCGAAAACAUUUCAAAUUGCUGUCUCCAUCUGGGCUGAUCCAAAAUUCUGAGAUAUUGGCUACCUAUAUUUUGUUGCAGCUUUUAAAUGUACUCUGAACUUCCAAAGCACAUUCAUUCCAGCCUGGUAGAACAAAUCUUCUUGGAUCUUUGAUCAAAGCCUGGAAUGAUAGCUUUAAUAAAAGGAAAAAAAAAAGCACCCUCUCCUUUUCCAACCAUAGUAAGGCUGUAAUUCCAUUAAGGGUCUACUGACAAGUGGCCUGGGGUUGAUGCCCAAGAGGUUGGUUGAUUCCAGUAUUAAAACCGAGUUGGAAUUAAGAAAUUAUUUGAGAUUGGGGUAUGCAUUAUUAUACAUGGCUUAAAAAAUUGUUCUCUUGUCUAUGCUGGUACAUAUCACCCACACUUUUGUUUUUUAUGUUCUUGUCAAUCUCUCCUGUUUCUUAAGAGUUCUGGGCUUUCCAUUUUCUCUGUUCUCCCUACUUUGACAGUUUUAAUUUUAGAAUGAUUUACAUUCCAGUUGGUAAUGUAUUACUCAUUUUAUAUGCCUUAUGGCAUCCAAAUAAAUAAUAGAAUAAAUACCCCCCCACCAUUUUUUAAAAACAGUACCCCAUGUAGAUUUCCAUGUAUAAUGAAACCCCAUGUACUCAGAGCUAUAGAUACUAAUAAAGUGGUAAUUCCAACUGGUGACAGAACUAGUGUGAGAGAUGAGUGUCUGCAUUUAGUAAUGACAUCAGAACCUCUCUGUGAAAUUGCAGCCUUUAAUGUACAUUUUGAAAGGGUGCAUUAGUCAGUAUUGUACAGGGGUCCUGUAAAGUCAUCAAAACUUGCUAUGAAUGCUAAUUGCCAUUUGAAGCUGCUGAUAAGACAGUAGCUCUGCUCUAAACCACUUUUUAGCAAUUGUAUUUUUUUCCUGAUUAUAUUUUUUAAUGUACUUUGAUGUUUAUGCUGAUGAGUUUUUUUAUGUACUUUCAGUGAUGUUUCAGUCUUAUGUACUCUUCUGGCGUCAGAAAAGUACCACUGGUUGUUUGCAGUCUUAUUGUGUAAUCAGCCUACCACAGGCUUCCAUGUAUAAUAAAGUAAUUAAUAUUGUGCAAGUGUAAAACACUUCUGUUAUGAAAGCAGUGUUUGGAAAAUAAGAAAUUAUUAAAAAAUGGUUACAAAACGCUAGUUAAUUUCCUUUCCCACUUUUCCUCCCAUAAGUCUGCUUUACCAGGCUAAAGGAUCACCUUUUUGUCAUUGCAGGAUUCUUAGAAAAUGUGUUUGAUUUUCUGAAAUACACUCAAUACUAAAAAAAGUCUGUAUUAUUUUGGUGAGGUAAGUUCUGUUGGGUACAGAGUACAAGCUGUAAUCUUUUCAAAGGAUGGAGAGGACCUUUACCACUGUAUCUUAAGCUGUAUGAUUUUUCUCCAGUGUUUUGUUUUCUACAGGUUUUGAAUUUCUUUAACUUUUAUUGUGUGUACUGAAUACUGCAUAUGUAUUAUUCUGAUUGUUUGCUCUAGUUUACUACCAAUAAAAGACCUGUUAAUCACAAAAUUGAAGAAAGGAGAUAUCACUUAAUAUCCAGUUAACAUUUUUUCAGAUUUUUUUCCUGUUAAUUAUAUUGUAUAAAAUGUCCACAUCAUGGUUAUCAUCACCUGCAGCUUAGGGACUUGUAUUUUGUACUUUUAAAAGUUCAGUAUUUUCUUGUUCCUAGAUCUGUGCUGUUUGAAAAUUUGUUGAAUAUUUGUGUUGGAGACAUAGUAUGUGGAACAGUAGAAAUUAAAUAUUGUACAAGUUAGAGUAUUUUCUUCUUGAGAUUGGGUUUGUCAUCCUACAUAAUCCAGAGAGCUUGUUAAAUGCAGCUUUAUUUUAAAUCAAAUUCCAGUGUCUUUUAGUUCUACCUGGGUACGUCAUUUUUACCUCAAAAAUGUAAUAAAAUGAUCGUGUGGCAUAAAUAAAAACGGCCUCAAGCAUUAAAAAAUGCUUAAAAUUAGAAAAUGAAUUGUUAUGUCACAGUUAACAAAAAAAGGAUGAAAAUAGGGAAGCUCUAAGACAAAUAUUGAAGAUGGCAGGGAAAGUGUUUGAGAGUAAAUAUAUUAACUUUUAAGGGUGGAGAAAAGGUGUAGAUAACUGUAAAGUGCGGAAAUUGUGCUUUGAAAAUUAGUAAUUAUAGAUGUUAAAUUUGUAAGAAUUAGAAACUAAAAAAUAUUCAAAGAGUAUGUCUUUGAGGCUUUGUAUUUAUUUUCUAUACUAUGAUCGGGAAAUGAUAUAUUAUUAAGCACAGAUGGAUUUGGGUUGUUUUGGUUUUGUUUUUUGUUUUUCAGUAGAGAAAUAACUACUUUGUGGUCCCUUGUGAUCGGGAGAAGUAAAUUAAUGUUUCCUUUGCCCAGGAUUGAUUAUUCCUUAGUUUGGGUCAUUUUCUUGAGCAAGAGUGCCUAGCAGAUUCUCCCUGCUUCUGUUCAGAACUCCGGCCUACUGUCUCUGUUCGAGAUUCACCAGAACAUAGUCUUGUUUUACAUAUUGCUUCCCCU